AUGAAAAUCUUCACCACUGCCUUGUUCAUGUAUUUUUUCUUAGGAAAGAAGCUUUCCACUAAUCAAUGGAUAGCUCUCGUUAUCCUUGUUAUAGGAGUUGUGGAUGUACAGCUUGUGUACGCCCCAUUGGCCAAUGCUGAAAACAUUGAACAAAAGCCUAUUCUUGGAUUCGUCAGUGUCGUCGUUAUGUGCUUUACAUCAGCGUUCGCCGGCGUGUACUUGGAAAAAAUGCUCAAGGAGAGCACGACGUCUGUUUGGAUGCAAAACAUUCGACUGGCGCUCAUCGGAAUCCCGAUAUCAACCGUGUCAAUGUGGUUCUAUGAUGGAAAGCAAAUCUAUGAAGGUAGAUUUACUCUGGAUGUAUUUCAAGUCUUUUUGUUCAAAUUUUACUCAACGAACGGAUAG